AUGGAGAUUCUCCAAAAGGAAGAUUCAGGAUUAGCCCUGGCAUGGAUCUUGGCAACUUUGGGCCCUCGCCGUCUUAGUAGGAAAAUAUAUAGUGUUUCUAUCUCAGACGUUUCCAUUCCUUCUACUUGCGACACCAUUCAAUCUUAUGGUCCACAUCCGCUUCCACUACGAUUAUCGUCAAACCUCAUGUACGGUCUAUCUCUUUUGUACAAGCAAAAAGUGGAUCAUAUGUUCAGCGCAGUGAGCUCAGUUCAUUCGAGAUUGACAAUGUCGUUUGCAAAUCAUGGAUUACCUUCGAAGAAUUCCUCAGCAGUCCAUCUGAAAUCAUCUGGCCCUAUAUUUUUGAAAGACGACAAUUGUUUCGACAUAGAACACAUCGAUGAACCACCUACUGCCCUUGUCCCUGAUACAGCACCUUCUAUAAGCAUUGCAAGAAUCCUUGGCAUUCAAGAAAACGAUAAUGAGAGAAAUGCCAUAACGGGAACAGUUUCUCUUGCUGUUUCAGCAGAAGAGCGAGACCGCCUGUUCAACGAGUUUAUGAAAUUGACCACUGCGAGUUUCCAACCCGACGUGAGUGAAAAUCAGCAAGUUGAUUUCGCUUUCAACUCUGAAGGUGACAUUAUUGGCGAUCACCAAUUUGCAAACCCUUCUCAAAACUUCCUAGAUGAUAUUAAUCUCGAAGAAGAUUAUGUGUUAACCACGACGCAAUUAGAGGACCUUUCCAAGUCUGCUACUGGCACUAAUGAUCCCCAUUUUUCCACCACUUUAAAUGCUUCUGGUGCUGCUCUUAAAACUGGAGAAGCAACCAGAAGAAAGAGACGUAAAGUUCAAAUCGACUCCCAGUGUUUCUUGCCUGCAAAGGUAAAGCAUCGAAGACGCUUGUACGUCAUUGAAGAACCGUUCCAAUCAAUUUCUGAUAUAUUCAAUUACCUGAGCGCUAAGGACCCACCCUUCUUGAAUCUUUGCCUCAGGUCUUUGUACGGAUUGGCGAAAACUCUGUGUAUCAGUCGAAAUCAUUUGCCACUGAAAGCUAGGCAUACAGGCUAUUCAGCUAGACUCUUGGACUCUUUCAUUGAAAAUAUAGAUGACAUUGAAAAGGGUAGGGAUGUACCCUUGGCAAGACGUAGCAGCAGUCAAAGAAGUCUCUAUCUGAUGGAAGAAGAGCGCGAGCAACUUUCUUUUGGCUCUGUGGAUUUACAAUUGGACUGGGGUUUAGAGCAUAACAGUUUCUUAGAUGAUGCUCCACAAGAGGAAUACGCGUCGACUACUCUUUCACAAUUCUAUGAGUAUAUUAAAGACAUGAAAGAACCUGAUCAGUCGCAUGUUAGCUUUGAAAAGGUUUUGCCGAGUGUUAUGUCCGGGGGACCUGUUGCAACUAGAAAGAUAGCCGCGUCUUCCUUUGCAUCUCUUUUGGAAUUAAGCUCAAAGAGCAUGGUUAAUUUACGAGUUUCUUCUCAUUCUGCUAAAUUCAACGACCCUAACGAAAUAUCCAUCAUUUGCUUACAGUGA